AUGCUCCGGGCCGACCCGUCCUACCCGACGGUGGCACUCUUCCACGUCUCGCUCACGCUGAGAAAAAAUCUGAAACGGCGUGCAGCAGAGUCACCGACGAGUCGCGCGCCCGAACACGGCCUUCCGCCAGGGCCGUGUUUCCCUGAGGCCCCCGACGGCGACGCCGUCGCCGACCCCGCAUGGCGCAUCGCCAUCGGCUAG